AUGGCGUCUGCGUCUCUCACGAGCCUGCUCCUCCCUCCUGCUUCCGGGUCCCUGCUUCGCUCGCCUGACCGUCGCGUGCGGCGGCAGGCGUCCAUCAAGUGCAAGGCGAAGGACGCCGGGAGCAGCAGCGGCGGCGGGGGCGGGGGUCUCGAGAUCGCGGUGGCGGCGGGCGGCCUGCUGUCGUGCCCGGUGAUCGGAGUCUCCCUGUACACGCUGAAGACCACGGGCUGCGGGCUGCCGCCGGGUCCCGGCGGGUCGUUCGGGGCGGCGGAGGGGGUGAGCUACCUGGUGGUGGCGGGCAUCGUGGGGUGGUCGCUCUACACCAAGACCAAGACCGGGUCGGGACUGCCCGCGGGGCCGUACGGCCUCCUGGGGGCCGCUGAGGGGCUCUCCUACCUCGCCGCGCUCGCCGUCAUCGUCGUCUUCGGCUUGCAGUUCUUGGAGCGAGGGUACAUUCCCGGACCUCUCCCCGGUGACCAGUGCUUUGGGUGAGCUUGAUCCUUUGUUUAUCUUGUCUCCCCCUCUGAUUGCCGAAGCAGUACUUUAUUACCUGUUCUUUCCUUAUGACAUAUAUUAAAAGAUCAAAAAGAUGAAUUGUGCAUGUAAUAAUUUGAUUUACGAUUUUAAAAGUAUAUAUCGUAUUUGCUAA